AUGAGCAAUGGCCGUCUACCCUCGCCCCAGAAACCGUUCUGCGGGAUCCUCCUCCUGUUUAUGGUUGAGGCUCGUGAUGACACACAGGGCGAUCUCCCUGAGGAUGCCGUCAAAGGACAUCAUGAAUCUAUCUCUUCCUCAAUUUUUGGCCAAGAGAACCAACAACAUGUGACCAGUACUUCAGCCGGGACCGAGGAAGACAGCCUUCCCGAGCCAGAGGCUGUUCAGCAUGAGAAGCAGCAGCAGGAAGAAGAGGUCGAGACUCAUCGAAUCAACCAAGAGGAGGUCACCCAACAACAGGAUCAAGCCCAGGACCAGGAACGCAAUUCUGAUGCUGCCUCCCUCGCCCUUACCAAUGAAGAAGAGCAGCAGUUACAGGAACCACGAGCUACUGGACAGAGAAAUGACGAUCAGCAACAAAUCGAGGAGCAGAAUAAUGAAGAACAUCACCACCACCACCAGCAGCAGCAGCAGCAGCAGAGUGAAAUCAACAAAGAGGAGCAGAAUCAGGAGGAUACUAACAACAAUGGAGCCCAGAAUGUUAUCGAACAAGUAAUAGAUGGGAGUCACUCCAAAGAAGAAGAAGGGGGCAUCAUAAGCCAAUCUCAGAUUGAACACGACAUUGAUGGAACUGCCGAAAACAAUCAGAAUUCACAACAAGAAGAACAACAGCUCGACAAUCAGCAACAGCAACAGGAGCAACAACAAGAGCAGAGCCAGGAACAACAGGAACAGGUGCAGCCACAAGAGCAGCAGCAGGAUGAACAGCAAGAACAGCAACUGGAGCAACAACAACAAGAGCUACAGCAGGAUCAACAACAACAGGAGCAGCAGGAGGAACAGCAACAAGAACAAGAACAACAACAGCAGCAGGAGCAGCAGGAAGAGCAGCAGCAAGAACAGGAAGAGCAUCAGCAAGAACAACGGCAGCAAGAGUCCUCCCAAUCACAGCAGACAGAAUAUGAAAGUACUAUCGGAGGAAACAAUGAAAACAGUCAGCAAAAUGAAGACAACCAGAUUGUAAAUGAGCCUCUCAGGGAUGGCGGGACCCAAUCAGUUGUCGCAGAAGAGAACAAGAGCGACGAGGGGACAUGGGUUACACAGGCAGACCAGUCUUCAAGCGAGAAGGAGAGGAGGAAGGAGGAGGUACUGUCACACGAAGGAGGAAACAUCUCAGGGGGUGAAUGGGAGUCGUGUAAUGUCACUGCUGGACCAGACUACAUCCCUUGUCUCGACAAUGAGAAGGCCAUCAAGCAGCUUCACAGCUUUGGCCAUUUUGAGCAUCGGGAGAGGCAUUGUCCUGAGGAGAGUCCAACCUGUCUUGUUCCCCUUCCAAAGGGUUAUAGGCGAUCCAUCCAGUGGCCUCAGAGCAGAGACAGGAUUUGGUAUAACAAUGUUCCCCGCACUAAGCUCGCUGAAGUUAAGGGGCAUCAGAACUGGGUGAAAGUUACAGGAGAGUACCUUACAUUUCCUGGAGGUGGAACACAAUUCAUUCAUGGGGCUCUUCAUUACAUUGAUUUCGUACAGAAGUCUGUGCCUGAGAUUGCAUGGGGCAAGCAUACUCGAGUGAUACUGGAUGUUGGUUGUGGGGUUGCUAGCUUUGGUGGUUAUCUCUUUGAGAGAGAUGUGCUUGCAAUGUCUUUUGCUCCCAAGGAUGAACAUGAAGCUCAAGUUCAAUUUGCUCUCGAAAGAGGAAUUCCAGCAAUAUCUGCAGUCAUGGGCUCCCAGCGACUGCCAUUUCCAAGCAGAGUUUUUGACCUUGUGCAUUGUGCUCGCUGUCGUGUCCCCUGGCAUGCAAAUGGUGGCGCGCUGCUUUUAGAGCUAAACAGGGUCCUACGCCCAGGUGGUUUCUUUGUGUGGUCAGCUACACCUGUGUAUCAGAAACUGAAUGAGGAUGUCGAGAUCUGGGACGGUGAUUCCCCCCACCCCCCACCAAAACCAAAACCAAAAGAAAAGACUUCUGUUGAUAGCAUAAUGUAUUUUCUUAAUUACUAUGGAUCGAGAGAAGGAUGA